CCGGUUUCAUCGGGAGCGGUUGAGAGUGUCGUGAUUCACUGUCUGAUCAGCAGCGGCUCGUUUGUGACUUUGCACACUCAAUAAAUCUGACCAAAGCAGAAACAAUUCGCACCAUUUCCGCUGCUCUGCUUUAUUGAACACCAAAAGACUUCAUUCAGAACUGAACGCCCGUCCCAGUGUGACCCGACCAGGAGGAGAAUGUUUUGCGGUCCAUGAUGGGCGGCAGCGGGUCUAAAGGUAAAGGCUACUGGCCAUUUUCAGGUUCAGGUGGUGGAGAUGAACCAGCCAAAGAGGGCCAGGAGCAAAGCCUGUCCCGAGUGCGCAGCAUCCGAAAUGCGACGCCAUUCGUGUUUACCAGGAGAAGCUCUUUGUACUUUGAUGAGGACGGUGACCUGGCCCACGAGUUUUACGAAGAAACGGUAGUAACAAAAAACGGCCGCAAGAAAGCAAAACUAAAACGAAUCCACAAGAACCUCAUACCUCAGGGAAUCAUCAAGUUGGAUCACCCGUGUAUCCACGUUGAUUUUCCAGUCGUCAUCUGUGAAGCCUGAUGCCGUCGGUGACCUCAUGCGAAGAAUCCGUCCUCCCUCAUUUUCCUCCCGACCGCUGGAUCCCGAACACGCUUGCUGUGUAGCGCCCCCAUGUGUCCUGGAGGGCUGAACGCGUGUAUGUGGAAUCCCGGCAAACCCGGCCGCGAAACGCUCCGGCUGUCUGAGAAGAGGCUGCGGCCUGACAAUGAUGUCCUGACUCUUUUCGUUCUCUUGUAAUCCUCCACAUGUAUGUCUUGAAGACUAUUAUGGGCUGUAUGGCCAAGACACUAAGUGUGAUUUGUAUAUGAGUGUAUGGCUGUUUUUGUUUGUAUGUGACCAUAGAAAUAGAGAAAAUUUUGCGAUGUUUGACUUUUAUCAGGAGCACAUCAUGAAGGACUCUUUUAGAACGUUGCGAAUGUAGACGUUCUAAAAGCCAUGGUUGCAUUUGAAUGCUUUAAUUGAAGGGCAUUGUAUACAAAGCAGAACUCCAGAGAGGAUUUUCGUAGAGGUAACGCCGUUAGGGUUAGUACAAAAAAAACGUAAAAACUACAGCCUGAAUUUUGCAUGUAGUUCCUAUAGACCAGAUUCUGCUUUCUUUUCAGCUGGUAGGGGAGAGUCAAUGGCUGUUUACUACGCUGUGAUUUGUUUAUAUGCUGAUGGGAUGAUGGAAUUGCUGCCGCUCCUUGAUUGGACGGUUGAGGCACUGACUGACACGGUGCUGCCAGUCACUGUGAGAAGCCCCGCCCCCUCACACUGUUGUGGCAGUCUUUAUUUAUUACAAAUAAAAUGACCAGAUGGCAUUAAAAAAAUACCACAUGUAAA